ACAAGCUGACAGGAAGUUGUUUUUUUUAUUAUUAUAAUUAUAUUCACCUGUCAAGUUUUAUUUAUGAAAAUCGAAAUGCCAGUUUUAUUCCCAAACCAUUAUUGGCUGAUAUCGUCUAAAUUCGGACUUAGAUCUACUUGUUGUAUUUAUUAUAUUUAAUGCAGCUUUUAUCGCAAUGAAAAGAAUGUUACCAAGAGUUGGUGUAUUUGGUACCACAACAACGAUAAAAUGUUUGGUACCAAUUUUAAAGUCCAGUGGUUUUCAAGUUGUGGCUUUAUGGGGGAGAACCAAGGAGCAAGCCGACGACCUUGCAAAGGAACUAGGUAUACCAUUUACAACGCAGAAAGUCGACGAAGUUUUGCUGCAUAAAGAUGUUGAUUUUGUUGUUAUUAGCUGUUCCCCACACCUACAGUCUCCAAUAGCUGUCAAGGCAUUAAACAUUGGAAAACACGUCUUAUGUGGAACCCCAUCUGGUCCAGGGCAAGUUGAGGUUCUGCGAAUGGUUAAUGCAGCAAGAUAUUAUCCAAGACUUAUGUCACUAAUGUGUCAUAGCCUUAGAUUUUUACCAACAAUAACAAAAAUGAAGAACCUUAUUCAGAAUGGAUUUGUUGGGGACAUUACGAUUUGUGAAGCCAAGGUACAUUAUCAUUUCAGUGCAAAAGAUAGCUAUGAUUGGACAUGUGAUGAAUUAAUGGGAGGUGGCAUGUUGAAUACUAUAGGUUGCAAUAUCAUUGACAUAAUAACAUACCUGACGUCACAGAAAGCAACCAAAGUUCAUGGAAUGUUGAAAACAUAUCAAAAACAAACAGACAAAAUUAAGGGUAUACGCGAAAUAACUAGUGAUGACUUUUGUUCUUUUCAAAUGGAACUUGAAAAAGGUGCGUGUGCAACUGUUACACUUAAUUCACAUAUGCCUGGACCAUUCAUACAAGAAAUUAUCAUAGUUGGCAGCAAGGCUCGACUAACAGUUAAAGGGGCUGAUCUUUAUGGACAAGCUCAUGAUAAAAUCAAAGAAGAUCUAUUGCAGUUUGAGCCUGUUCAUUACUCUGAAGAAGAAAGAAUGGGCAUAUCGCAAAAAGUUAGACGCGAGAUACCAAAUCCUUAUCUUAAAGGAAUGAUUAGAAGCGUUGAGGCUGUACGAGUUGCAUUUGGAAAAGAAGAAGUACGUCAAAGUUGGUGUUCAGAGCCAUUGGUAGCAGCUGCAACUUUUGAAGAUUCUCUUUACACGCAAACUGUCAUAGAUGCAAUUAAGAAAUCAAGUAAAACAAAAGAAUGGGAAAAGAUUGUUAUGAUGAAAGAAGAACCAGAACCAAAUCCAUUCCUUUCAGCAGCUAUGAGAAAAAGCACAUUUUCUCUUCAUUAGCCUACAUGUAAUUAACAGACUGAAAAAAUACAAAACAAAGCAACUGUUGAUAUUUUUGUUCUAAAAUAUUCAACAAAAUUUUUAUGCAUUUAAAAAAACUCAACAUGAAGAAAAGAAUCUCUUUUACAAAAAUUUGAUAAAAUGAAAAAAAAAAUCUUACGUACAUGUAAAAGUAAGGAAAAGCAGUGUAAACACAACUAUUCAUUACCAUUUAUAAACUUUGCCAAGAGGUGAUUUUCAAAAGGGCAACAAUAAUCUGCAUAAUCUGUAGUGUAUGGGCUAUAUAUAGGCAGAUUUGUCCAAACACCUGGUGUUUGCUAAUCAACCAGUACGUUUCCGAACUCAAACUAACUUCUUUACAUUUUAUUAGUACUUCUGUGAAUACACCUGCAUUUCUUUGACAACUUUGGUAUUUUUUUAUAAAAUGUUUGUAUUUCUUUGAAAACUGAUGCUAGAGCUUCAGAUAGUUGCUUGGGUUUUAAUAAAGGGUUCUACAAGCCUUCCACGCAGAAUUAACCACUUUUACUCAUGGAAAUAUAAUUGGACUUUUCCUCUAAUUUAGACAUAUCAUUGGGAAUUUUGAGUUUUAUUAAAAUAGUGUUCCAUUUUAUUUUUAAAUCCUUUUUUAGCCAUUUUGUGUAAAGAUUUAUGUACAAAGUUUUUGAUUUCAUACAUUUUGGCAAGACAUGUUUUAAAGAAUGAACAAAUGUGAAAAGUAAAUCACACCUUAUCACAACCAAAUCUCAUGGUAUAAAAUAUAUGAUAAAAUCAAAUUUUUAACGAUUAAUAAAUUGCUCAAAAGAUAUUGUUUGUAUUUUGAGCUAUUGUGUGAAAAUAUAUGUAUUUCAAAUAAGUGCAUGGUUAUCUGUCUUAUAUAUCAUAUAUGUGAUGUAAUUGUUGAUAUAUUUAUCUUUUAGCUAAUAGCCUACAUUUACUUGUUUUUUUACUUGAUUAGAUAAUGUACUAGGUAACAGCAAUUUCAUUUUCAGCCUGACAUUGUGUACAACCAUUUCAUAAUAAGGGUACAACAAAUAAUCAUUGAAAGCCAGUUUUAAGUUUUAACGUUAAUUCUUUGCUUUAUGUUUAUGUAUUAUUACUGUAUUUAACCAAUAUUAAAUCAUUUUGAAGUUUAUAAUUUGUAGUUGAAUAUUAGUAAUGAUAAUACUUUAACUAUGCAUAUUAAAGUGACAAAGCUAUGGCAACAGGCAAUUACAAAAUAAUAAUGUUCUUAACAGAUCAUUUGCUCAUACUCAUGGUCAACUUCACAAUCUUAUUACAAUAAGAGGCUGUAUGUUUAGUUUGACAUGAUGCAGUUCGUGAUACAUUUUCAAAUUUGAAAUAUUAUUAUUUUAUUCAAUUUUAUGUUAUAUAUAUAUGAGUAUAGCUUUUAGAAAAUAUGGUGUUUAUAUUUGAUAAAGGAGCUUUAGAGGAAAAAUAAACUUUGUGCAAGAUAUCAUAUUCCUCUAUAUGUAUAAUGGAAUGUGUAUUUGCAUUAAAUUGUUCCGACAAGAUAGUCCUGACAGAUCUAAGAUAGCAAAUCACUAACGAGUCAUAUUUCAUAUUUUUAAGCAAACAAUAUUUUGCAUUUACAAAGAACAGAACAAAAAGUUUACUCACCAUUUAUUAUUAAAAUUGUUGAGUCUAUAUUAUUUAUUUGUACGGUAUAUAUGUAUUUAUUCACUGAAAUCUCAUUCUGCUCAAUAUUAUUAUUGUGUGUUAAUGUAAUAAAAUAUAUUCAGGGUUUAUUGCAUGUUGUAUUUUAUUUAUAUAUUAUAUGUAUUUAUUUAGUUAAAACAAUUAUACCUACAUGUACAUUAACGUACCUACAUCAAAUACAUCUACACGGUGAUUAAAAAUAAUUUAAUAUUCUAUGAAGUCUUCAUGUUUUGGCAUUAAAAUUAGAUGUAGAUGAUAUGUAUCAUAAAUUCCUAUAUUAAAAUUAAUAUUUAUUGACAAUGAUAAAAUACCAUAUUAAAAGGAACAGUGGUCUUGAGUCAUAUUUCUCUAGGUAGGUACUUGUAGAUUUUUUUGUUUAUCAUAUUUGUUACCAUACUAGUCAUUUAUUUUAUAUACUUUAUCUAUGCAUGUAUCAGUAUUGUAGUUAUUUGACAUAUGAGUCAAUAUGACCCAAUAGGAAAGUGAAGUAAACUAACAAGUUAUAAACCCCCAUUAUUUAAUAUUUAAAAGUUUAACAUCAAUGUCCAUGGAUUGCUGUAUAUGAUGGAAGCAUAUAUGAAUUGUGUUCUAUGUAAUUUAUAGAUUGUUUCUAAUGGCGAUCAGAGUUUUUUGAGAUUGAGUCAUGCAGCAUUUUUUUUUAAAAAAGAGUUACUACAUUGUCAUUGAUACUUUGUAAGUACUCUACAGGUGAGUUAGAGAGUUUUUUUUUAUCAAACAUGCUAGGACUGUUUGGCUUGUCCUAAGGAGUAACUGUAUUGAAAUACUGGGACACAAUAAUUCUCCUUUUAAUUGAUCUAGAAUGUUCAAACUUGGUGUAGGUGUUUAUUGGCACAAUGCCUUGAUAUGAGCAUUUUCUGCUGAGGGUAAGCCGAGAUAAGCAAUUUGAUUCGUUGAUGCUUUGGGACACAAUAACUUUAGUUUUAAUAAAGUGAGAGUGAUGAAACUUGGUGUAUAGUUUCAUUACAUGAAUACCUUGACUAAGUUCAAUAAUGAGCAUUAUCUGCUCAGGGUAACCACAGCGAUAAGCAAUUUGAUUGGUCUGGACUUUGGAACAUAAUAACUCUCCUUCGAAUUGAGGUAGAAUGUUCAAACUUGGUGUAAGCAUUGAUUAGGUGAAUGCCUUGAUGGAGUUCGAAGAUGGGCAUUUUCUGCUUAGGGUAAGCAGAGAUAAGCAAUUUGAUUGGUUGAUGCUUUGGGACCCGAUAAACUUUGGUUCUAAUUAAGUGAAAGUGAUGAAACUUGAUGUAGGCUAUAGUUUCAUCACAUCAAUACCUUGACUAAGUUUGAUUAUGAGAGCAUUUUCGGCUCAGGGUAAGCAAAACGACGAUAACUCUCCCUUUAAUUGAGGUAGAAUGUUCAAACUUGCUGUACGUGCCUUGACAUAGUUCGUUCAUGCGCAUCCUCCACUAAGGCUAAGCAGAGAUCAGCAAUUUGAUUGGUUGAGACUUUGGAACAUGAUAACUUUGGUUCUAAUUGGAUGAGAACUAUGAAACUCUGAGUAUAGAUUCAUUAUAUCAAUACAUUGACUAAGUUCGAUGAUGAGAAUUUUCUGCUUUGGCUAAAUAACGAUAAGCAAUUUGAUUGGUCAAGACUUUGCAACAUAACUGCUUUUACUUGAGGUAUAGAUGUUCAUUAGGUGAAUUUCAAUGACUAAUAUUUCCCAUUAAUGCUAAGCAAAGCUAAGCAAUUUCUUUGCUCGAUGCUUUGGGACAAGAUAACUUUGGUUCUAACUGAUGGAGAGUGAUAAAACUUAAGUGUAUAAUUUCACUCACUACCAGGUACUUCAAAACCUUAGUUUGAUAGUGAACAUUUUAUGCUUAAGACUAAGCAUAGAUAAUUAGUUUGAUUACUCGAUACUUUGAAAUAGAUGAAUGUGCAAUUAAUUUAUAUAUCAUCGGUGAAGUGUCAAAAGGGUGUAUCUAAGAAUUUCUAAAGAUUAAGAAAUAGAACCUUUUGCAUUUCAAAAUUUACACAAAUCAAGAUACAUGAUGCCCAGAAUAGUUCUAAUUGGUGUAAAGAUACACAGCUUAGACAGAAAUGUGCAUAUUAAGUGGGAGAUUUUAAAUAUGCAAAAAAGUGUAUUUGAAUAAUUUCCCCGAGAUACACCCUUUUGACACUUCCGUGAUUUCGAAGGGUGACUUCAGCCUCACCAUUGGCGUGUUUCCAUUAAUUACGUCUAGAGUUAUGGCCCUUGUUACACUUUGUCGAAGCUUGUGAAUGCUGUUACGACCAACGUUAUCAGAUCUGUAUGAAAAUUAUAUGCAUCAUUUAAAUUAGUGAAGUGAAGAAUACUAUCGAAUGUCGGGCAAUUUCCGUCAAUUACUUCUUGAGUUAUGGCCCUUGUUUCACUUUGUUGAACCAUGUGAACGCUCGAAUGACAAAAGUCAUCCGAUCAGUAUGGAAUUUAUAUGCAUCAUUUGAAUUAAGGAAUCAAAGAAGCCUAUUGAAUUUCAGAAAUUUCCGUUAAUUCUAGAGUUAUGGCCCUUGUUUUACUUCGUUGAACCUUGGGAACUCUCAAAUGACAAAAUUACCAUUAAAUAUCUUUGAAAUUUAUAUUCAUGAUCUAAAUUAGUCAAACAAAGGAGCCUGUUGAAGUUCAGCAAUUUCCGUUAAUUACUUCUAGAGUAAUGGCCCUAGUUAACUUUAUUGAACACUAUGAACAAAAGUUAUUAUUGGAUCUGUAUGAAAUUUAUAUGCAUUAUUUGAAUUUCAACAAUUUCUGUAAAUUACUUCCAGAGUUUAGGCACUUGUUUCAGUUUUUGAACCCUCAAACGACGAAAAUUAUAAUCUGAUCCGUAUGAAAUUGUCUUGUAAAUGCCCCCCAUUACUUCAAGAUUCUGUUCACAUAACGGUUAUUAACGUUUUAUUAUCAGGUCUGUGAAUUAAUGUGCAAAUAUUUAUGAUUAAAAAAGAUAUCAUUUUC